GACCUGCUCGCUGCCGUUGGUCCACGCCGUCCGCGCCCCGCCGCUCCCAGUCCGCGCCGCCCGAGCCGGCGCCUCUCCGCCGCGGACUACAACUCCCACAAUGCCCCGCCACCGCCCCCCGGCUUCCGGUGCUGCGCAGUUUCCGGAGCGGAUCGCAACCCGGAGUCCGGAUCCGAGCCCGCUCUGCACAUUCCACAGGCAGGUGUCAGAAAUGGCUGAAGACGGGAGUGAGGAGAUCAUGUUCAUCUGGUGUGAGGAUUGCAGCCAGUACCACGACUCCGAAUGUCCUGAGCUGGGCCCCGUGGUCAUGGUCAAAGACUCCUUUGUGUUAAGCAGGGCACGAUCAUCUCUCCCUUCCAACCUGGAGAUCAGGCGACUGGAAGACGGAGCCGAAGGAGUGUUUGCCGUGACCCAGCUCGUCAAGAGAACACAGUUUGGUCCGUUUGAGUCGAGGAGAGUGGCCAAAUGGGAGAAGGAAUCUGCGUUCCCGCUGAAGGUGUUCCAGAAGGACGGGCACCCCGUGUGCUUCGACACCUCCAACGAGGACGACUGCAACUGGAUGAUGCUGGUGCGGCCGGCAGUGGGGCCCGAGCACCAGAACCUGACGGCCUACCAGCACGGCAACGACGUGUACUUCACCACCUCGAGGGACAUCCCCCCGGGCGCCGAGCUGCGCGUGUGGUACGCCGCCUUCUACGCCAAGAAGAUGGACAAGCCCAUGCUGAAGCAGGCCUGCUCUGGAGCCCACGCUGCGGGCACGCCAGAAAGCAGCGCCGCGGUGGAGUCCGAGCCCAGCCCGUGGGUGUGUAAAGUGUGUUCCGCCACCUUCCUGGAGCUGCAGCUUCUGAACGAGCAUCUGUUGGGUCACUUGGAACAAGCCAAAAGCCUUCCCCCAGCCAGCCAGCAUGAAGCAGCUCCUGAGAAGGAACCAGAUGUGCCUCGGGGGGAGCCUCCUGCAGUUCCCAAGAGUGUCAGUGCCACCAAAGAGCAGAAGAAAAAGCCUCGAAGGGGGAGAAAACCCAAAGCAUCAAAACCUGAGCAGCCACUAGACAUCAUAGAAGGCAAGGAGCCAGCAGAGCCAGUGGCAGAGAUCAUUACCGAGGUCCCGCCGGACGAGCCCGUGGCCGCAGCGCCGGACGAGCGCAUCAUGGAGCUGGUUCUGGGGAAGCUGGCCACCAGCACUGGUGACGCCAGCUCAGUACCAAAGUUCCCGCAUCAUCAGAGCACCACCAUCGCCCUCAAGAGGAGCCUAAUUCUGUCGAGCCGGCACGGCGUCCGGAGGAAGCUUGUCAGACAGCUGGGGGAGCACAGACGGGUCUAUCAGUGCGGUAUCUGCAGCAAGAUCUUCCAGAACAGCAGCAACCUGAGCAGGCAUGUGCGCUCGCACGGCGACAAGCUAUUUAAAUGUGAGGAAUGUGCCAAGUUGUUCAGCCGCAAGGAGAGUCUGAAGCAGCAUGUCUCCUACAAGCACAGCAGGAACGAGGUGGACGGCGAGUAUAGGUACCGAUGUGGCACUUGUGAGAAGACCUUCCGCAUCGAGAGCGCCCUGGAAUUCCACAACUGCAGGACAGAUGACAAGACGUUCCAAUGUGAGAUGUGUUUCAGAUUCUUCUCCACCAACAGUAACCUUUCCAAGCACAAGAAGAAGCACGGGGACAAGAAGUUCGCUUGCGAGGUCUGCAACAAAAUGUUCUACCGCAAGGACGUCAUGCUCGACCACCAGAGGAGGCACCUGGAAGGAGUGCGGCGGGUCAAGAGAGAAGACCUGGACACCGGCGGCGAGAACCUGGUCCGCUAUAAGAAGGAGCCCUCAGGAUGCCCCGUGUGUGGCAAGGUGUUCUCCUGCAGAAGCAACAUGAACAAGCACCUCCUGACCCAUGGCGACAAGAAGUACACCUGCGAGAUCUGCGGCCGCAAGUUCUUCCGUGUGGACGUGCUCAGGGAUCACAUCCACGUCCACUUCAAGGACAUCGCGCUGAUGGACGACCACCAGAGGGAGGAGUUUAUCGGCAAGAUCGGCAUCUCCUCGGAAGAGAACGACGACCACUCAGACACGAGUGCCGACUCGGAGCCUCACAAGUACAGCUGCAAACGGUGCCAGCUCACCUUCGGCCGGGGGAAGGAGUACCUGAAGCACAUCAUGGAGGUGCACAAGGAGAAGGGCUACGGCUGUAGCAUCUGCAACCGGCGCUUCGCCCUGAAGGCCACCUACCACGCGCACAUGGUCAUCCACCGCGAGAACCUGCCGGACCCCAACGUGCAGAAGUACAUCCACCCGUGCGAGAUCUGCGGCCGCAUCUUCAACAGCAUCGGGAACUUGGAGCGACACAAACUCAUCCACACAGGUGUGAAGAGCCACGCCUGCGAGCAGUGUGGGAAGUCCUUCGCCCGGAAGGAUAUGCUGAAGGAGCACAUGCGCGUGCACGACAACAUCCGGGAGUACCUGUGUGCCGAGUGCGGGAAAGGCAUGAAGACCAAGCACGCGCUGCGUCACCACAUGAAGCUACACAAGGGCAUCAAGGAGUACGAGUGCAAGGAGUGCCACCGCAAGUUCGCGCAGAAGGUCAACAUGCUCAAGCACUUCAAGCGGCACACGGGGAUUAAAGAUUUCAUGUGUGAGCUGUGCGGGAAGACCUUCAGCGAGAGGAACACGAUGGAGACCCACAAGCUCAUCCACACAGUGGGCAAGCAGUGGACGUGCUCCGUGUGCGACAAGAAGUACGUCACCGAGUACAUGCUGCAGAAGCACGUGCAGCUCACCCACGACAAGGUGGAGGCGCAGAGCUGUCAGCUGUGCGGGACCAAGGUGUCCACCAGGGCCUCCAUGAGCAGACAUAUCCGACGCAAGCACCCGGAGGUCCUGGCCGUGCGGAUUGAUGACCUGGACCACCUCCCAGAGACCACCACCAUCGAUGCCUCCUCCAUUGGCAUCGUCCAGCCUGAACUGAGUCUGAAGCAGGAAGAUCUGGCCGAGGGGAAGCACGUGAAAGCCGCCAGGAGGGCCCACAAGAGGAAGCAGAAGCCGGAGGUGGAGGCGGCGGGAGCCCCGGGGCCGGAGGAGGCCGCCUUCAGCGAGUACUCGGAGAAGGAGCCCGUGCUGUCGGGUGUGGGGGACGAAACCGACUCUGCGGUGCAGAGCAUCCAGCAGGUGGUAGUGACCCUGGGUGACCCAAAUGUGACCACUCCGUCGAGCUCAGUGGGCCUGACCAACAUCACCGUGACCCCUAUCACCACCGCCGCUGGGACUCAGUUUACCAGUCUCCAGCCCGUGGCCGUUGGGCACCUAACCACCCCAGAGCGCCAGCUGCAGCUGGACAACUCCAUCCUGACCGUGACCUUUGACACCGUCAGUGGCUCCAUGUUGCACAACCGCCAGAACGACAUCCAGAUCCACCCCCAGCCCGAAGCCUCGAACCCGCAGUCCGUGGCCCACUUCAUCAAUCUGACCACGCUGGUCAACUCCAUCACACCCCUGGGGAACCAGCUCGGCGACCAGCACCCGCUCACGUGGCGUGCGGUGCCGCAGACGGACGUCCUGCCGCCCCCCCCACCGCAGGCGCCCCCCCCGCCGCAGCGCCCCCCCCCGCCACAGGCGCCGGCCGAGCCCCAGCAGCAGAUGUACAGCUACUGAGUCGCGCGACCCGGGACUCAGACAGAGACCGACACACGGGUGUUCUUUUUUAUUUUUGAGAUUCGUUCGCUGGGUACCAAACCGAGGGAAAAAAAACCUCAUGGCAAUGUGAGGUUGACUUAGCUUUGCAGAACUCUCUCCAGAUCCCCCGCCUGGCAUCACAGUCUGUCGGCGCACCUCGAGUGACCCCCGGCAGGUGGCCGCCCGUGCCAGCCGCACGGCCCGUGCCCAGCAAGGUGGCACGUCACUGGCCCGGCCCUGCUCGCGGCGGCCGCCCCCAGCAGAACUCAGUCUGGGGGACACGGGCUCUGGGAAAGUGGGGCAAGCGGGAACAGAGAGGCGAGCGAUAUGUCAGGAGGAACACAGUGGCUCGCCUGCCUCCUUCAGGGCGUAGUUGCCGCAGCGGGGGACGCAGUGAGGAUCCCCACAGGGCAGCGCACCGCGAGGAAACUCCCGAUUUCUCGCUUCUGGGUGUUUUUGGCGAAUGAGCAGUUAGACGUUAAAGUGACGUUUAUUUUCUUUGAAAUUUGAGUUGAGUCAAAUUUGUUAUACAACUUUGGGCCGAAGAUGUGUGAGAAGGCACCCUGUGGCUGCGGACGACCCUCUGGGCGCAGUCGGUCCGGGCGAGGGGUCUCUGGGGUCGCUGACUCGGGCCUCAGAGGCGUCUUUGUAACAUAACGUGGAUCGAUGUUUUUUGUUUUGUUUUGUUUUGUUUUUUACUUUAUUUCAAGCCUAUGUUAUGUAUUCAAGACUGUCGUGGCCACGUUGUUUUUGAUUUUUAACAUGCUGAAGUCGUUUGCACUGUAGGAAUGUUGGUCCGCGUGCAGCUCUGCAUGGCUUCUUGAGCGCAAGGGACACAGCACCAUGUGUGACAAGUCCCUUCUGGCGGCUCCUGCAGAGCUGCCUGGGGAUCCUCUGCCAGCCAAAUAUAUUUAUUACGGCUGAGACUCAGCCAAACCCACCGAAGAACAGGGAAGAAAUUCAUGUUUUCUUUCUGUCUCAACUGAAUUCCAAAGGUUGACGUGUUUUAAGACCAGUGUUCUAGAAAAAUGUUGAACGAGCUUGGCUCUUCACAGCAGGAAAAUAGAGGUUUUUCUGAAGUACAGAGGUACUGCCAUUUCCUGCCAGGCAGCAAUGAAAGCAGAAAAGUUUAGUUCACGUGGAGAAGCGUGAACAGCCUUCGUGGACGAACGUGCCGAGUAACAGCCACGUCUCCGUCCCUGGGACAUGCGCUUUCACGCACGUGAGCACCUGUCAGAGGUGCUGGGCCAGGCUCACGCUCUCCUGCUGCUCAGCCAGGGACACAGGGGCUCAGUGUUUACCCUCCUGAUACCUUGUAACGCUGUCCACAAUGACAUCAUAACAUUUGCCUUAUUCUGGCCUCCUCACUCUUUAUCGUGCAUCCUAUAUUCCUUGGGAGAUCCACGUGGAGGAAAGAACGACAAGGAGUCAAGAAGUGGAUACAUAGGCCGGAGGAAUCUUGUGUUUCCGGUGAGGCUAAGGAUGAUUCGUUCUGCAAAAUGCAAGUUUCCUAGCACUUCACUUUAUUCCGAUUAGCAAGAUUCUGAGGCUAGGGCUAGAAUUUGUUUCGUGCAAUGCAUGCCUUCAGAACUGCGGAGAUGCUCACACACGCAGUACGUAAGAGGGCCUCCAGACACAGCUCAGUCACACUUCUGUCUCCUACCUGGCGGUCGAAUUCAUAGUGGGAGAUUAUUUGACUUUUUAAUUUAUGAUAAUUAUUUUUAUGUUAUUUAUGUAUAUAAUUAACUGCUUUAUACACAAUAGUUUCAUCAAAUGAACUUGGGCUAGGAGUGAUAUAUUUUCUAAAAUAUUGUCUUCAUUCUCCAAAUAUAAAUGGUCUGGGUACCCACGGGAUCAUCAAGAGCACCAAGGUUCCUAAUGUAUUUUUUUAAAAAAAUCACUGACAGUUUUUUUUUUUUUUUUUUUUUUUUUUUGCUCUUGCAGCAUAGAAAGGGUGAAUGACCAACUAAAAAUACAAACACAGUUAACCCUCUGUUAGCCUUUACCUCUUACUCCUCGUCCCGGUGUAAUAAAGGCCUUUUAAAUCACAAUUUUAUUUUUUUAAAGACAUUGUUUUCGUGCCUGGAGUAAGGAUGCAUCAAAUGUUUUUAAAGCACCUCGUGUAGGCUGUGUGGCCCUGGUGUCCUCCCACUGUUCCUUCACACACACCAGUGGAACGAUCCUUCGCGUAACCACCAGUUAGAACUCUGAAUAAAAAUCGGAUUCGCUCCUGAGUUUUCUGUAGACACACUUGGUCUUAAUAGGGUCACUGUGGGAGGCAAAAUAGGUCCCUGUCGUCUUUAAAACCAUUGCUAUGAAUUUGCAUACAAGGGACUGGGGAGCAAAAAAAAAAAAAAAAAAAGUGCCACUCAGCCAAGAGAGUCCCCGACUGUAGAUUGUUCUGCACAUACAUCCCUGUUUACUGAUGGGAAGUGUUUAAAUUUUCGACCGAUCCCAGGUGGACAGCUAUGUGCAUAGGAGUGGCCACCAAGCUCUGUGAGUCCGUGUUGGUUAUUCUAAGAAAUCUUGGGAACUUACUCGUGACCUGUGGAUUUGUAAAGCUGUGUAGUUCCGUGUCACUUUCACGGUGUGAAUCUCGCGGAGCUGGAUCCAAGGCCACGGUGGCGAGGAGGGGACUGGGUCUCUGGAGCGGCGCUCGCGGGGGACGCAUGGCCUGUGUCGGGCGCCACCUCACUGUGCCCAACGGGAGCCUACCUUGGAGAAUCCGGGUGUGGGGGGCAGAGUCACGGACCUUACGCGUUCUUUCCGGCCACGGCGUCCGAAGGCGUAGAGCUCGUGGCUUCUCAGCCCAAGACGGCAUCGUCGGUGACGUCCCGUGGGAUUUUGAAAGGCAUUGAGACUGUUUUGAGAAGUUGAGUGUGUUUUGUGUCCCAUCAGUUUGUAUAAUGACAAAUAAAAGGUGCAGUGA